GGGGCCCAAACGACGCCAGGAUCAGCCGACCAGAGUGGGUGGAAAGAGGAUGCAAUUGGCGAUUGCCCCGUCUUCAUUAGGUGCGGUUGUCUUGGCUCUGCCCGCUCCGGUUCCGCCCUCGGAUCAGAAAGGUCACGAUGCGGCCAGGCAGUCCAGCGAGGCCACGGAUUACGACGAUGGAGCUGUGCGCUAUCGGGUUGGUCCCCGACAUCGUUCCCGGGGAGGUGCGGGUCCCUUCGAUGACGAGGAAUGCGAGGGCCAAGAUGGGGAGGGCGACGGUUGGGGUGGGGAGGGCGGUGGUGAGGAGGGGGAGGGCGGUGGUGAGGAGGAGGAGGGUGGUGGUGAGGGGGACGACGGUAACGAAGGAGAUGUUGUAGGUGAGGACGAUGGCAUGGACGACGAUGUUGCUGAGGAAGUCGAAGACAAUCGCUCCUCCCAAUUUCACCGUCGCCACCAGAAUGAAUCGCAGGGGCGCCGUGAGGACGACGCGUGCAGCGUCGGUGACGCGGUCAAUGCUAGUGACCAGCCUGCAGCCUCCCGCAGAAUGUCGCAGUCCUUUGACCAGACGAAGGAUGGGGGAGACGAACCUGGCUCACGGGGAAAGCGAAAGAGGGGAGAGGCAUCGACCUCUCCUGCGAGUCGAACAAAACAGGCGAGGGCCGACGCCGUCAAUGAAGCUCGCGGAGCGUUGACGGCAUCACAGGAAGCGCGGGCUCCUCGAAAAACUGGUGGGGGGGGACGAAGUGGCAGCCGUGGGGGCGGUCACGGAGGCGGUAGGAAAGGCUCGCAGAGGUCCAGGGCACCUGAGCUGCGAGACUCGGGGGAUGAGGGCGAGGGGGACGCUGUGCGUGAUAUGCGGCAAUGGUGGAUCGACAACAACAGGAUUGAGGCACCCAAAGCUAAGGUCAGCGAGAAGGAUGCCGCCGCCGUUGCGCAUCACAAAACGUGGCAGAACUUCCUGAGGGCUUGCAUGGGGAAGGCGUGCGACAAAGAAUUCGUGAAACAGGCACUCGACAACGAACACAACAAGGAUAGGAGUAACAAACUUCGGGGGUACCUGAACCUCGCCACGUCCACCCGCACGGUUUGCCCGCUGGUGGAGAAGUUCUUCGCGAUGUUCGAGGAGGGUAAGCUGCCAACUAGUAAAGGCAAGAUCCCACUUGAGAUGCUGGGGAGGAUGGAGGGGCGCCUGCCCGGCCCGUACACUGACGAGAACAAGGGACAACGGACUUUGUACCACUGCAUAUAUGCGAGAGAUGGUCCCAAGGGCUCCACUGUCUCCUGGAAGGAUUUGUGUCCUACGUACUUCAAGAACUUCGGGGACAUGACAUGCUGCGAGAGAGAAGUCGCGCUACUCCGGCUCAUGUCGGGGAAAGUGGUGGCAACAAAAGUGAGAGUCACGCCUCCGAGGGUGAACACAGAGUGCCUCCUCGACAUUAUGCGCAAGGAGAGAUACAUGGUCCGCAUGUUCAACUACAUCGUGUUUCGCACCGAGGGAAGGGCAGGGGACGAAUGGAACGACGACUUCUUCAUGUCGUACAAGGACCAAAAAGAGAGGUAUGCUUCAAACGGGUUAUGCGCAGAUGAAUGGGAGAAGCAACGGGGGAAGCUGCAUAGCAACAUAGUGAAGACGAUCCCUCGGCGACUUGGAGGAGUGGAGGAGGCGAGGCAAGGUGCGGGCUUGGGGCCUACACAAGUGAUGUACAAGGAGGCUCCGUUUCACUUCAAGGUCUUUAUAUACACCACGAUCGAUAAGCUCGAUAUGAUUCGAGCGGAGGUGAAACGGAUUGCAUCCAGUGCAUGCCAUCUUGUGUGGGACAAACUCCAAAGGCAGACCACAUUGCUUCCUGUAUGCAUGCGGUCAAAGGAGGUUAUGGCGGCGCCCGUCGACAUCGUCGCAGCCGCACAAAAAAUGACAUGCAGGGCCGCCAUCGUGGACAUCUCGGCCGCGAAUUUCAGCAGUGCAUGCACCUCGCAGAACUUCGAUGCACUUUACGCAAUGAUGGCGAAGUGUUGUGGUCCAAAUCGGAUCCUCUUCUUAUUUGCACCGCAGAAUGUGCAAAGCGAUGUUUUGCGUCAAUUGUACCGUUGGGAGGACAUCGAGCUUAUUCCCAGGUCAUGGAAACGCGUGGACAGGCCGCCGAGCGACGUCACAAGGUACGAUAACAUCGCUACGAGCAGUCGGGACCUGAUGGCGAUCGUGCUGCACACUGAAGGAGGGGAUUUGAAAAAAGUAACUGUCGCACCCCGUCUUCACAACGAUCUCACCGAAGUGCAUGUUGUGGAGGAAAAAUUCGGGAAGUGUAUCGGAAAACACUGUGGCGUCGAAGGCGACGAAAGUGCCGCAUAUUCAAUUUGGGAGCGAGAACCUGACAAGUUGCGGAAGUUGUGCAGUUCAUUCGUAGGAGAGGCGGAAGGUAAUAAUGUCAUUGCCUGUGACGAGUCGGCCAAGGACAUUGUAUACUUGACAAAGUUCGUCAACAUACUUGUUAAGGAUGGGAGAUUUGAGUGUCGCCUCGAGAAGUCGCGUGCCACACAUCGCACGAACAAGGAUAUGUACCACAAGUUGGGACCGAAACGACUGAAGGUGUGGGAAUACAUGUUCCGCGAUGCGCCGGAUGGACGCCUUGAUGGGGGAUACAUAUAUAGGAAAGCCAAGGUGACCGAGGUCCUCAAACAUUAUCACGGUGCUCUAACUGGCGCCUUCGAGACAUUCGAUGCUCGAUGCGAGAUCUUGAGGCCUGUGGAAGACGACGAAGACGAUGACCUUGAUAUUCCUGCUCAGCCAACGAAGAUGGCGCCAGGCGAUCCGAUUCCUCCCAGAUUUUGUGCGGAUCCAAACAAUGUGUAUUUCUUGGAUGACAAAUACGCGUGCACUAGUGAGGACAAGUGGGGCCAUGAUGUCAUUUCGCAUGACGGCAUUUUCGAGCCAUGUAUCCAAGGCGGGGAGUGGAAAAUGGCGAUGAAGUAUGUCUCGAAGGGUUGGAGACCGUUUCCCCGCAUGGGAAAGGACAGUUGGCUGAAGACGACGGAGCAAUCAAUACUAUACCGCUAUCAGAAAGAGAACCCCGGGGAGAGUGAAACUUCCAUCACGGCAAAGGCGAAACAAUUGUUCGACGCCUUGGGAGCCACUCGGCAGUUAGAGUACUCACACAAGUUUUACGAGCUGCAGUCGAGCCCCUCGUACGGCAAGAUUGACUGGAAGGUUGAGCGUGCUGCUGCGCUCGAGAGCAUGGACGUGGACUCCCGAGAAGAUGCCGCCCCUGUGCCCGAGGCGGCCACAGGGAACACGAUGGGUGAACAAAGGGAAGAUGGCGGGAUGACGUUGGGCGUGAAGCCUCCGUUGCCAGAGGCGGGGAAUACGCUCGCAGGCAAAAACACCAUCGGAGCCAUCUCUGUCGCAACGGGGGAUACAUCACAAGGUGAAAAAGUAUCACUCGACAAGCCGGCGGAUGCGGGCGCCACAUACGGGAGUCUCCUCGCGACAGGUGCGGCGCUGGCAGGCACAUCGGAGAUGGUGUCAGAGUCCACUGGUGAGAUGGGCGUCACGGGGAUGUCGUUGCAUCCGCCCACAUGCACUAGCAAAGGUGACGCACACUGUACAACAACACCACAGGGAGGGGUCACAGAGGAUGGCGGGAAUGGGGGAAAUGCAGGGGGGUCUCCACGUUCUCGCAAUAUUGAGGACAUGACGACAGACGAUGAGGAUGGGGUAGAAGGCGGAAAGGGCGUGAGCGAUCCCACGCGUGCAAAAAAUGAGGGGUGAGACAGGGAAUGAACUUGAGGGGAAUCU